CUAGAAGCACAUGACCAGGCGUGUUUACACCUGCAGUGACAGAAAGACACAGCGCUAACACUCACAGGGAAGCCCAUUGUUUCAACCGAGAUAAGAAGCCGCAUUGUGUUGAGUGGUCGUUGUUUAGCGGACGUUCACUGGUGCUCGCUCCAAGAAGCCUCUGCACAUCUGUACGCGAAGAGGGAAGUCACGUCCUUGGCCACAGGCUCCAGGAAGCCGGCCCUCUUGCUGUCCACCAUGGACGAGACGGAUGUGGAACAGGUGACCUUGGCUCUACUAGAUGCGGCCACCGAUAAAGAUUCAGAGGUCCAGGAACAGGUCAGAAAGUCUAUGUUGACCCUGGGAAAACAGCAACCAGACAGAGUUUUAGCCAUGUGCCAGGACUACCUUCUGAAACACCCAAAGUUGGUGGUGAGCCACAGAGUUGUGAUUCUUCAGACUAUUGAGCUGAUUGUGGGCUGCAGGAUAGAUGUGAUCAGUUACCCCAGGAUAAAAAGUAUCAUCUCCCUGGCUUCAGAUGAGAUGACACGAUCAAAGGAGGUCAUCCCUGACUGGCAGCAGGCAGCCAGUAAUAUCUUGGUUGCUGUGGGUAACAAGCACAUCAACGACAUCAUGGAGGAGAUACUAAGCAAGUUUCAACCAGGUCUCCUACCUCACUUCUUUGUGGUCCAGACACUCGCCAACCUGUCUGAUUCCAAUGUAUAUGGCAUGGUACCCUUCCUCAAUGCUAUUCUGGGCACUAUGCUGCCCAUGUUGACCAUGGCCAAACAGGACAACAUGAAGUGGGUCUUCUCUUUUGCUCUGUGUCAUUUCAGCGACAGUAUCUUGGAAUACCUUGCCAACCUGGACAAAGCUCCAGACCCCACAGUCAGAAAAGACACAUUCUCCAGUGAAAUCUAUGCAGCUUUCGACAUCCUCUUCAAUAACUGGUUACAAAGCAGGGAGUCAAAGUUGAGGCUAACCGUAGCUGAGGCGGUGGGCUCUAUGUGCCAUCUGAUGGCCAGUGAUAAACUGGAAGAGCAGAUUCCUAAACUCAUUCCUGCCAUCCUGUCCCUGUACAAGAAAAACAAUGAGCACUAUAUCAUCAGCAAGAGUCUGUGCCAAGCGCUUGAUGCUUCUGUCAACAUGGGCAGCAGGGUGCUGGAGACCCAACUGGACAGUCUACUCGUUGCACUUCAUCAACAGGUGUCGGCCCCUGUCGAUUACAGUAACCCUCCUACUGUCAAGAACCACAACGAGGUUCUGCGCUGCUUCAGCUUACUGGCGAACUCCUUCCCAGACCGGCUGGUCAUGUUUGUUAUUCAGAAGUUGGAGAACAGUAAUGAGCGAAGCAGGAUGGGCUCCCUGGCUGUUCUUCGUCACCUCAUCAACUCCACCACUUCCACGAUGGAGGGGAAGAAACUGCUGAUUCUGGCCAGCAUCAGGCAACCAAUGGCUGACCACAGCAAUAAGGUCAAGAAGCGCGUGGUCCAGGUGAUCAGUGCAAUGGCUCAUCACGGUUACCUGGAGUUAGAUGGAGGAGAGUUACUGGUUCGAUUCAUUGUUCAACACUGUGCCUUACCUGAUACAUAUAAGCGAGGCCAGAGGCCCACAGAUCCAGAGGAGGUGACUAACGAGGCACUGAGGAUGAUGUGUGACAACACUCUUCACCUUCUGACCACCACUGUUGGCCGACUAGCUGAUGUCUUAUGGCCCAAGCUGCUGUACUAUCUGACCCCUUCACAGUACAGAUAUGCCACCACUCCGCUGUGUAAGAGUCUGAUAGUUCUGGGCAACAAGAAGAAAAAUAACCAGGAGCCCAGCUUCAACAUAGACUUCACACAGGAAGUCAAUCUGCCAUCUCCUCAGACACUGAUGGUCAGACUGCUGGUGAACGCAGCGUUUCCGUUCAGUAGCAGAGGUCACGGAGCUCCAUCCCUCUCUCUACUUCAAGUCCUCAGUGUCAACAUCCACCCCAAUACAGAGAUACUCUGGGACAAAGAGAUACCUCCCCUGCUUUCAAUGCUAGAGGAGUCAACGGAAGAAAGCCUGGAUAAGAAGCACUGGCAAGAAAAGUUGCUGAAGCUCUUGUCUAAAACCCUGGUGACUGUUGAUGACGACAAGUGGGUGUGCCAGCUGGCAUCUGAGGCAACAAGAUACCUCUCCACGUAUAACAACGACUUAGAGGAGAAGAGUUUCCUGUAUCAAUGUAUAGGAGUGACUCUUCAACAGAGUUUCAAUAAGGAGGUGGUGAAAAAACAGCUGCAGGAAAUCCUCCUCACAGCACGACACAAUGACGCCGUGGAGCGAGAGGGAGUUGCGAUGGGCGUUGGUUUGUGUGCCAACAGCCAUUUAGAGGGAACUCUGGCAAAGCUGGAAGAGUUCGGCAAGUCAGACGCCUUCAAGAAGUCACCAAGCAUCUUUAACCUUCUCAAAGAACGUAAUGAUGUUGAGGUAGAGAAGGUGAAAAGCACGUUAAUCCUGUGUUACGGUCAAGUGGCUCUGAACGCACCUCCAGAAAAGAUUCUAACCCGCAUUGAUCAAGACAUCCUUCGCUGCAUCAGUAAACACUUCAAUACCAAGGUUCUGGGGAUUAAAGUAGAGACAAAGGACCUGACUAUGAAACUCAGUUUAAUCCAGAGUGUCGGGCUCAUAGCCAAAGCCAUUAGUGUCUGUGUGAAGAAACAAGGCUACAUCUUCUCUCGCAAGCAGGAGCUCAUUAAUGUCAUGCUGGAUUUUAUCAAGGCAGAGGCAGCUGAUUCAUUAAGGACUCCAGUGCGCCAUCUUGUGAUGACUACCUGUGCCAACCUAAUGCCUCUGGACCCUCCUCUGAGUGAGAAUGAGAGCUUUGACUUGCUAAAGGUGUGUGUAAACAGUGUUUUCCCUCUACCACCUGAGACACAUACUCCAGAGAAAACUAAAGAAGAGGAAAUUCUGGACCCCCAGCAGAGAAAGGCAUUGUACAAAGACACGAUGGCUGCACUGCAGGAGCUGCUGAAAAGUGUUCUGACCAGGGAUCCCACACCUGACGGCCUGCAGAGUGUCUUCAAGCACAUUGAAUCAUGGCUGAGCUCCAGACAGGACCACGAGAGAGAGAGAGCUGUCACCGCUGCUGCUCACAUGCUGGCUCACUAUCUGGAAAACCUGACUGUCAAGAACAUGGUGACUUUCCACAACCUUGGAGCUCUGCUGGGUCGACUCGCUCCACGAUGUUCUGACCCUCACCCUGCUGUACGCACUGCUGCUAUGGACUGUAUAUACUCGCUGCUUUACAUACAGCUACGCUAUGAAGGUUUCUCCUUAGAUUAUAAGGAUGAUGGUGUGGAAAGUCUGUUGGCCCUAAAAGACAAACUAGAUAACCCUGACCACUCAGUUCUGUAUAAGACCUGCUCCGACCUCACCAAGGUGAUGAGUAAGCGUCUGCCUCAGCAGCAGCUGACGACGUUGGUGUUCAUGUUGUUUGAAGGGCUGGUUGACAGUCAGGCAAACUGCUGCAGAGCCUCAUCUGUCAUCUUAAAUACUCUGCUCAAGAACAGAGGAGGAGGACUACAAGAGCUGGUCCCAGAGAUGCUGGAAGUGCUGCAUGUGCGUCUGCAGAACAUCACAGAGGAGCAGGUGAGAGUGGCAGUGGGACAGACCGUACUAAUCCUGGCGUCUCAGCAUCUACAGACUGUUAUCAAUGCACUAGUUAACCAGCCACUUCCUUAUGACAGCUGGACCAGUGAGAUGUGGAUGGCCUUAGGAGCCGACCCCAUCGUAGCCAAUCAGAUCAUCGAGAUGGUGAUGGAGAAGCUUCUCAUCAUGGCGCCUUAUGUAGACCAGAGGGACUCGAUGAUCAGAGGAGGGACAACAAAGGUCGCCACCAACCAACCGCUGGCUAUGACAUGUGGUCUCAAAGAGCUGUUAUUAAAUGGCCAAAGUCAGGAGCCAGCAGUCAGUCUGUUUCCUCAGCUCUUCUCUUGUCUCGCUGUGAGACUGGGAGCCAGUGUCGGGGUCUCAGCACCAAAGGACAGCAACAAUAAACACGCCCCGUCCGUCCAUGUAGCAGGGGUAGCAGCUGAUGCUCUGCGUAUCUUGUUAGCACGGGCCCAGUUAGACGAGGUGAUGAAAAGACUGGAGGAAGAUAACGCCUGGGAUGCAAUGAAGGAAGCCAAUACACACAUUACUGGAGUUACACUACUGGCAAAGGCGAUGGCUAAGCAUGCUGGUCCCAGGCUGCCGGCCAUUGUCGAGUGUCUGUGCCCCUCUCUCAACAACAUCUACGAAUGCCAGAGAAUCACUGUCACAGCUUUCUUCUCUGAGCUCUUGAAUCAUCACGUUGUGACAGAGCUGAUGUUGAUAGAUGUGUUAAUGAACAACAUGAUGGAGAGGAUAUCCGAUCCCUGCUGCUCUGUCCGCAUGUUGGCUGUGAGGGGGCUGGGCAAUAUAGCUGUGGGAUCACCUGAAAAGGUGAAUAAAUAUGCAAAGGAGCUGCUGGCAGCCAUGAGUUCAGGCAUGGAGGAGAAAGAUGAUCCAGGUAAGCUGAUUACCCUCGAAGCCAUGUCAGGUCUUUCGAAAGUUCUCCUUCACCUGGACAAGAAGAAUGUCCACUUAUUAGUGGUCUAUAUCUUCAUGAAGAUUAAACCAUUCCUGGAAUGUGAGAACGAUGAGAUCCGCUGUGCUUCCAUCCAUCUAAUGGGGAACCUGUCCAAGUUUGGCUCCGGAGAGCCAGUGUUCAAAGACCAGAUCCACAAUGUUCUGGUCAGCCUUCUGUUACACCUGGUAGACCCAAACCCAGAAGUGGUCAAGGCUUGUAAGUAUUCAAUGCGAGUGUGCGCUCCUGUGGUGGGAUCAGAGCAGAUCACAGCCAUGUUUCAGAACCACCUCCAUGAAGACAAGAGCUUGCACUACGGAGAGUUCAUCAAUGACCUCACAAAGUACCUGAUUCAGGACUUUCCAGGCAUGCUGAACUUUUAUCACAUCUCAGUCAUCCAGUUCUUCAAGAGCAACUGGCCUGAGGUCCGAGCCGGAGCUGCCAUGUUUAUAGGGUUUCUGCUGGGGAAUCUUCAAGAGGAGCAUUUCUCCCACCUCAACAUGGGCACCAUCACUAAAGGUUUAGUGAUGCUGCUCCAGGAUCCAGAUCCUGUGGUGAGAGUGAAGGCUGCUGAGGCCAUGGGACAUUUCCACUGACACACACACACACACACACACACACACACACACAAACACAGAUCUACAGACAUAUCUCAGUGUUUCACUAGGACCUGGUUGCCACUACUAAAAAGAAAAGAAAAGGAAUAUUUAUGAAGUCCGAAGUCUAUGAAACAUUUAGAGCCUACCAUUUAACUGUGCAGUCAUUGUAAUGUAUUCAACAUUAAUUUAAACCAAAACAGGGACCAAAGCAGGAAAGAAUGUGGCGCCAGAAGCCAACCCAUCAGAUCUACCAAUGUUACAAAAUCAUACAAAAUAAACACUGAUAAUACAUAUUUAUGCACAUAUAUUUAGCCAUUAGCAGCUUCCUUUGACGUUAAACUAUGGUACUUGAAAGAAAGUGUUAAUUUUUAACAAUAUUUUAGUGACCAAAGACUGUGUUGCUCUGUACAGAUAGACGUUGUCUACUUAGAGUGACAAUACCAGAGAUAUACUGUGUUCCAUGCUCCAAGAUGUUUCUAAUGCAGAGGUUACAUCUGAACUUGAGUAAAAAGUUUGUUUUUUUAGAAUAAAUAUAGUUUCUUCGAAUAUCAUGUGAAAAAGAUGACAGUAAUGCACAUUGAAAGUACAUGACAACAGUUCCACAUGACUCGUACCAGCAUUUCAUGAUGGAUGUUAGUUUUAGUUCAAGACAAUCUCUUUGAGAGAAAGUUCCAGUGAAGCGGGUUUUGUUUUAGUGUCCUACAGACUCUCGUUCUGAUUAUCAUGGUAUCCUUCAUUCCACAAAUCAGCUCCGAGCUUUAUUCCCCCCUCUAUGACCAUCCAAUGAAACUUAGUAGGUCAGGUAAACGUACAGUACCGUGAGUAGAUUAAUGUGAUGCCUAUAAUAGAAAUAACUGCUAAACACGCAGAAACUUCAACUUGUUUAAAGGUUUGUAGUUGUGUGUGAAGGAUGUAAUUUAAAAACCUAAUUUCUUAAAGCUGUGCCUAGUACAGUAGUUCAGAAAAUCUGGCUGAUUUAGGAGUGAUACUGUAGAUAAUAUGCGACCUGGCCUGAGUUCAUUUACACUAAGUUUUUAAACACUGCAGACAUUUUGGUGCCAAGCUCACCACCAAUUUUUAAGCCAUAAUGACGCUGUUUAUGUUUAACCACUACAGCUAAAUUAUUAUUUUUUUAAUGUGCACACAGUUAAUGAUUCAGUUUCACAUUACGGGUCACGAGUGUUCAGCAUGCACACAAACAUUGCCAGGCGUCCUGCUGCAGUCAUUAAAAACACACCAGCCAAAUCACAGUAUAGAAUCAUUAUUUUAUUUUCAGUCAGGCUUUCAUCACCAUUUUUCAAAGUCCAUUUCUGCCAGUAAAGAACACAAUGAAGCCUUUGAUGGUGGGAAAAAAGAUCCUGUAAGUCAUUAUAAUGAGAAAAUGUAUCACAAAAUAAUGCGUUUUUAAAAUAAAGAGAAACUUUAUCCAAAUAGACUUACUCAAUAUUUUUAGAGACUAGAUCAUUAUUUCCAGAAAGUAUCUUAUUAUAAUGACUCGCAGGAUUUUUUCUAUUUUCAUCACGUUGUUGGAAAUGGCCUUCCAUACCAUUUAACAUAUUUCUAUGAGGGGUGAUCUUUUUUAGUUACCAAUUUUAUUCACGCUAGCCAGGCUAAACUUACAGACCUAACUCCUCACAGAGAAGUCUGAAUCAGACAGUUCCAGCCAGUCAAACUAUUACUCAUUGGUGUUGUUGUGCAGCCACGCUGAAAACAGUUAGUGCCAAAUAAUGAUAACAUAUAAUGAUGCUGUAAAUGAUUUUCUCUCUCACUUUGAAUGCACUUAUUGUUGUUUCCAUGUCACCGUUCCAUGAAAGUUUUGUACAGUUUCAGGAUACAAAUGUUGUUUUGCAGACCUCUUACUUUAUCGUUUCUUACUUUUAUGUCUCCAAAUGAAUUCACACAAAUAACGAGGGAUGCAAAAUAAUCUAUAAUAAUAUAUCUUCCUCUGAAUUUGUUUGGAGACAGACAACGUCCAAUAUUCUUUUGCACUUUUGAGCUCUGUCAUGUAGUCCCUGAUAUAAGAACUGAAAUGCAAACAAGGAGCUGAAUCUGUUUCUUUUUUCUUUUUUGGAAUCCUUAUUUUAAUUUCUUUCACGAGACACAACAUGGAGAGCAUCUUUUGUUUUUUGCCCAAAGAUAACAGGAAUAAAAGAUGAUUACAGUU